AUGGUUGGUGGCAACGAUGGGAAGUGGUACAGGUUCCACUUAACGGUGCAGGUGGCCACUGACCUCAAUCCGGCCGUGGUAGAUUCUUCGGCCAUCCUUCUUGGUCUAGGCUCGCUGAGAAAGAUGGGAGCCGAGAUCGCAGUGGGGGACUCAACAGUCUUCUUAAAAGCCAUGGGUGUAUCGGUCAGAUUGGUGUCCUGGAGUACACCCGGAGCGCCAGCUGGGCUAGCAGGGAAGAAGUAUGCUGCCAUGGAUCCGUCCUUCGAAAGGGACGAGGCUCCACUUCCUUCUAAGGAAGAGAUUGCCCGACGCCUCGAGGGGUGGAGUUUCCCGGAGGUCGAGGUCAAACUCAAGCCGGGAGCAGUUCGUCCCCGCCCCAGACGGCCCUACGCAUGUGGCACGGUGGAGAUGGUUGCCAUGGAGAUGAUAGUGGAGAAUUUGGAAAAAGCACACGUCGUCCGAAGGGUUUCACGGGCCGAAGUCGAUCGGUUGGAAGCUUGGGUGAAUCCAGCCUUCCUGGUCCCGAAGUCUAGCGGCGGCGCGGUAGAUGAGCUCACGGUCGAGAACGUCGAGAAGCAAUACAGGCUUGUUAUCGACGCGAGGGGUAUCAACGAAUGUGUAGCAGACCUCCCCGCAGUAUGGAAGACAUACCAAACUACUCCGAAUCAGUGCAUUUCGGAGAUUCCCUCAGGCCCAAUUCAUUUCGGUAGCGUGGAUAUCCGAAGUGCAUACUACAAUCUCCGAUACAGCCAAGAUAGUCGGAAGUAUUUCGCUUUCAGUUAUUAUGCGGCCGACGGGUCAGUGGCCUACGCCAUUCAUGACAAGAUGGUGAUGGGUUUCAAAGGGUCGAGCUUCCUGUGGGGCUUCGCGGCUCACUCGCUGCUGGCGAGAGCCCUCCCCGAGGUCUAUCGGAGUGAUGGUCCUGGCCAAGUCAUACUCUACGUAGAUGACAUCCUGGUUUGGUCCCGCGGCGAAGCUCGCUGUGCCCGGAUUAUGGAGCUGCUCACUUGUGCCUUCGAGCUG